AUGGGUAUCUCUCGCGACUCUCGCCACAAGCGCUCCGCUUCCGGUGCGAAGCGCGCAUACUACCGCAAGAAGAGGGCUUUCGAGAAGGGCCGCCAGCCUGCCAACACCCGUAUUGGCGCUAAGCGUGUCCACCUCGUCCGCACCCGCGGCGGCAACCGCAAGUUCCGCGCUCUGCGUCUCGAUGCCGGCAACUUCUCGUGGGGUUCCGAGGGUAUCGCCAAGAAGACCCGUGUCAUCGGUGUCGUCUACCACCCUUCCAACAACGAGCUCGUCCGUACCAACACCCUGACCCGCUCCGCCAUUGUCCAGAUCGAUGCCGCUCCCUUCAGGCAGUGGUACGAGGCCCACUACGGCCAGUCCCUUGGCCGCAAGAGGCAGGCCAAGUCUGGUGAGAAGGCCGAGGACAUCAAGAAGUCCAACUCCGUCGCCAAGAAGCAGUCCGAGCGUCUGUCCGGCUCCGGCAAGGUUGACUCUGCUGUUGAGAAGCAGUUCGAGGCUGGUCGUCUGUACGCUGUCGUCUCCUCGCGCCCUGGCCAGAGCGGACGCUGCGACGGUUACGUCCUCGAGGGUGAGGAGCUCGCUUUCUACCAGCGUCUCCUCAGGAAGUAA